AUGGAAGGCAACGGCUUCGGGAAGCUCCUCCCAAAAUCCAUCAGCGCGAAGCGACGCCGCAAGAAGGAAUCAUCCAUUGCUGAAACUGCGAGCAGCAACGAAGAGAUUGCGCCGGCGAGGGGAAGGAGCUCCUUUAGCAAACAGACUACCGACAGCUUCAGCGGCAACGCCGCCGACGCGGAGGAAAGCAGCCUGGCCUCAUAUGAAUCGGAUCCGGAAUCAUCUCCAAGUCGACCUCAAACCAUCUCCACACAUCCAUCGCAAAUCGGUUACCUGACGACAUCCUCUCCGGUUGUGCAGGCAACUCACCAGCUAGAAUCUCAGCCGCCGGACACGCUGCUGUCAUCUGACCCAUCCCCUCGGCAUUCUUCUACAUUCCCCGUUCCGGCCAUCGAAGGCCUCGAAUCUACACCUCCCCUCGUCACAAGCAAGACCGGGCUCGUGCCUCCGCUGUCUCAGGCCAAGCGGUCUCCGUCACCUGCUGGUCGUCUGAAAGAGGUAUUCACGAAGAAGAGUACGGCGAGCAGCAAGGGCUCGGCAAGCAACGCCAGUUCAAGCCCAGAGCGCAAAUCCCGCUCUGCUGAUCUCGAUAGGGCUCCCGACUCUUCCAAGUCUCUGGCGAAUCUGGCCAAGCCCCAGGUCGAAGCAGGCGAUACGCCGAAACAAGGACCCGAUGCCGCAAAGAUAACCCCCUCUGAGCGUAUACGGCGGCUUUCCCGGGGCCAGAAGAUCGACACUACUCGGCCACCUCAAACUCCCCCGGACGAGAAAGCGACCCCGGUCAUCGUCAACACCCCACCCACACCGACAGACCCUAAUUAUCCGACCUUCAAAUCGACGACUUCGGCCAGGGAAGCGCUGCCGAGCUCGCCAUCCCCGUCCGAUGCCUCCCCUUCGAGAAAUAUGAUCCAACAGCGAAGAGGCAGAGCUAGCUCUACCGGUUUAGGCCCCAGCAAGCUCUCCAACAUUACCCCCGCGCCCCUGACCCCAACCCCAGAGAGCGGUCUACCUUCGCCGGGAAACCCUGCGUCCGGCUUCUUCUCGUCGAUGAUAUCAGCUGUCCAGAAUACUGCACACACACUGAGCAAUACCAUAUCCACCACCAAUCUUGGGCAAGGAGGCAGUAGUAGCAAGCUCCCAAUCCGCAAGGAACAGGGCGAGGUGGAAGAAGAUAACGUUGAGGUUGAGCCUGCGACGGUAGCCACGCCGGGCCAGUCGACGGAAGCAAAGGAGCUCGCCGUCAGGACGCUCGGAAUGGGGGACCUCAGCUUGAGCCAACUUGGAAUCAUGGAGCCAAACAGUGCUGCCGCAACCCCCAUGUCCGCCAAGUUCCCGGACAUGGUUGAUUCUCGGGCGCGGUCUGACUCUGCCCCGGUGGACUCGAGCCAGGUGAACAUUGAGCCUCCAGUGUAUGAACCGAAUCGGCCCCACUCCCUUUACGAACACACCCCGCUCGGCGACCGGACGCCCCCCCAAGGCAGUGUAUACGAGGGGAAAAGCGGCAUUCAGCGCAGCGGGAGCAUCCGUAGUGUCACGGGAAGGCGGAGAAAACGCGGCAGCAGUGCGGCGACAGGUGGCACCACGGGGACCGGCAUGACGAUCGGUGCGGCCAUUGCUGCCGCGAAUGCGUCUGUCGUGUAUCCCCACGUGGCUCCAAAACUCACGGGGUUUGCGGUCGCAAGCAAGAAGCGGAAUCGCGAUUUCCACAGCCAGUUCAAGAGUGUCCCGGACGACGACUAUCUGAUCGAGGACUACAGCUGCGCCCUGCAGCGCGAGAUCUUGGCCCACGGGCGGCUAUAUGUGUCGGAAGGACAUCUGUGCUUCAGCAGCAACAUUUUCGGCUGGGUGACGACAUUAGUGAUGAGUUUUGACGAGAUAGUGUCUGUCGAGAAGAGGAGCACCGCCCUGGUGUUUAAGAACGGGCUGGAGAUCUCCACCCUUCACGCGAAGCAUGUUUUCGCAUCGUUCACAAGUCGAGACUCGACGUAUGAUCUCAUCGUCAAGAUCUGGAAACUGGGACAUCCAAGCCUGAAGAGCUCGCUCAACGGCGUCAGGUUACAAGAGACGGGCGGCGACCGGACCGAGAAGGUGGAUGCCGAGUCUGUCGGGGGAAGCCAGACUGCGUCCGGAUCCGAGGACGAGAGCGACGAGGGCGACGAUAUCUAUGACGAAGAUGAGGAAAACGACGACGUCCUAGAGCUGAGCCAGGCGCUCGACGCCCCCUCGGCGUCGGAAAUGCCGGCCGAGAAGGCGGUUACCCGCAAGCCGUCAGGGGCUGUCGCCACCAACGGUGUAUGCGAAAAGUCGGACGAGAGUGGUGGUUCGGGCGCUGCCGUGGACUUCCCCGGACCUGUAACCCAUCCGCCAACAGACUGCGGAGACACAGCGACCCAUUACGACAAAGUCAUAGGGGACGAUGUCAUUCCUGCGCCACUUGGCAAGGUCUAUAACCUCCUCUUCGGAGCGCCAUCAGCAGUGUGGAUGGGCAGGUUCCUCACGGUGGACCAGAAAUGUACGGACCUGCAGAUUGAGGACAAGAGAGGACUGGGCGACGAGGUCAAGUCGAGGUCGUACUCUUACAUCAAGCCCCUAAAUGCCUCGAUUGGGCCGAGGCAAACCAAGUGCAUGGUGACAGAACAGCUCGAACACAUGAGCCUCGACAAAUCCGUCAACGUGCUCGUCACCACGCAGAACCCCGACGUGCCGAGUGGGAACCUCUUCGCCGUCAAGACCAAGUACUGCCUGUCUUGGGCCGAGAACAAUGCAACCCGAGUCCAGGUGAAUUGCACCAUAGAAUGGACCAGCAAGAGCUGGCUCAAAAGUCCGAUCGAGAAGGGUGCGAACGACGGGCAGACACAAUUCUGCAAAGACCUCUUCGCGAGCCUGAAAUCGGAGGUCGUGUCUCGGCCCAAGUUAGGCCUGACCAAGCUGAGGAAGAGGGGCCGCAAGGGCAAGUCGGCCCUGACGUCCAGCCCGGCGAGCGACGGCGAGGGAGGCAGAUCAAAGGCUGCCGUCCAGCAAGACUGGGGCCUACUCGAGCCCGCACGCCCGUUCCUCAGCCCCUUCGUCGACGCCAUCAAGCCCAUUCUGACCGGCAACGUCGUCUACGGGCUGCUCGUCGGGCUGCUCGUCGCCGCGUGGUUCGGAUUUGGCUCCAACGCCAAGGCGUCGAGGCACUACGGCCACGACCUCGGAUACGUGGGUUACGCCGACAGAGUCGCCGCCUACGAGGAGAUCUGGAGGAGGGAGGAGGGCGAGCUGUGGGAGUGGAUGGAGGAGCGGGUCGGGCUGAACCAGCUCGGCGGCGGCGGCGUGGGCGGUGGUGGGAAUACGCAGACGGGGAAGAGGACGGCGGAUCCGAGGGCGGUGGAACAGAGGGUCCGGGAGGAGAGGAUGUCGGAGAGGGAGAUAAGAGAGGCCAUCAGGGUGACGGAGGAGAAACUGAGGGUGCUGGAGUCGAUUGUUGACAAGGACACGAAGGCAUCUCAGGAGUAA